AUGAAUAAAGUACAGAUUAUACCAAUAGUUGCGUGUAAUUAAUCUAAGUGAAUAAUAAUCAUCCAUACAUAAUCAUUAUCUUACCAUUCGAUGAGAAUAACAAUAAUCUAAAUAAAUGGUGAUGAUUAGUGGCAUUGUCUGAUGAAAACUUUGCCAUGCACAGUGUAAUACGUUCUUUACUGUUAUCUUGUUUCCCUUCAAUACAAGUUCCCGGUACGUAACUUGGCAAGAAUCGUGAGAUGAAAACAGUUCCUAUGUUUCUCAAACAGACAUAAUUAUUGCCAUUAAAUGAUGUCAAUAACCAUAGAACAAUGUACAAGCAAUAAUAGGGACCCCUUUUUUUGUAACAUGUAGUGCACUAUGUGCAAGCUCACACUUAUUAAAGGACCCAAAUCCUUGCCAAGUUAUAUGCCGGCUACUUGUACUGUCCGAAGUGAUUUAACUUGAGUCAUUACAAAAACAAUUUAUUUACAGCUUACGAAGCACAAACCGGCAGAUAGAGAUGUUGGUAGACUACAUGUCUACCCACACUCUAUUUGCCAAUGGCGAAUACCGGGGUCCUCUGGGCAAGGAGGGCCACAAUGAAGAAUGGGUCCGUAUUCAGCAGUUGCUGAAGGAAUACGGACCCAACAAAACUGUCGAACAGUGGCGGACGAUAACAUCAUUACCCUCUGCCUUUCCUUCCCCCCCUCUUCCUACCACUUCCAACUCACCCAUCCCGACAACGUCAGUAGCAGACCAGCCCUCCGUCCCUACCACUACAACACAGCCCUCCGUCCCUACCACUAGAACACAGCCCCCCAUCCCUACCACUACAACACAGCCCUCCGUCCCUACCACUAGAACACAGCCCCCCAUCCCUACCACUACAAUGCAGCCCUCCGUCGUCCCUACCACUACAACGCAGUCUACUAGGGUUCAGCGUGCACAGAGAGUCAAAAAUGAAUUCUUGGCCUCUGAUGCUGAAACGCGAGAAGUGUUAUUAGUAAGUGUCUUUGAGGAAUAUUCAUUUACUAGUACUCCCCUAGACUUGGCUCCAUCCAAGCAAAACUCUCAUGCUAUGUUUUAAAAAUAUAAUUAUGGCAAUAGUAAAUAUGGUAUUUGUUGUUUCAGGACAUAAGCAAUUCUUUAAAAAGAAAAAAUUAUAUUGAGGAAAAUCAAAUGAGACGAAAUCAUUUGGAUAGGUAAAUGUUCAUUUACAUAAUAUUCAAAUAAAAGAUAAGAUAAAGAUAAAAAGUCCUUUAUUCAAACUUGGCUGAAAAUCAGCCUUUUUGUUAAGUAAAAUUUACAAAAGACAGCCCCCAAAACGCCCGCCCUUCACCACUUCCUAUGUGUUUUUGCUGGGGAGAAGAAAUGGUGGAACAAACUCCCCAGCAACACAAUUCUGUCUGUAUGGUUUGAAGAACCGUUAAAAACAAAAAAUAAAAUAAAUAUAAUAUUAUCCCUCCUGCAAGUUGCAGCUUGUAAUAAGCUGCCACUAGGGUAAUUAGUAUGGUCCGUCUGUUCUUGUGUAAUACUGCAUAGGCAACCUGCAAAAACAAAUAUCUGUUUGGUAAAGAGCUUUUUUAUUACAAUUAUUUUACAGUACAAUAAAAGAAUAACACACCGAUAAUGACGCAUGUUGUAUAAUGUGCAGCAGGCAUAGACAAGUGCAGAUGCCUCUCUUAUAAAUAUUAAAAUAAUAUUCCUUCACUCUCAUAGCCCGAUCGGAAAGACGACCUAUAGCCUUCCUCAAUAAAUGGACUAUCUAACACUGAAAGAAUUUUUCAAAUCGGACCAGAAGUUCCUGAGAUUAGCACGUUCAAGCAAACAAACAAACAAACUCUUCAGCUUUAUAAUAUUAGUAUAGAUUAAUGAACAUGAAUAUUGAAAAUCA